AUGUUAAAUUAUGGCACAGUUGAACAAAUUGAAAGUAUCGAUCAAAAUAACGGCAAAUAUGUUGAGUUUGUUUGGAAAAUACCUGAGUUCUGGCAAAUAGUAACCACUGAACAGGAACUGGCGCUGUCCUCUAGAUUCUAUAUAUCUGAACCGGGAUAUCGAUUACAGAUAAUUCUCACACCUAAUACUACUUAUUCAGAUAAUUUGGGAUAUGUCGGCACUUUCUUUAGACUGGUCACCGGUUUAUAUGAUUCGGAGAUUGAAUGGCCAUAUAAAUUGAAGACUGUCUUAACUAUUGUUAAUCAUAAGUCCAACGCAACUGAGACUCCCGGUCGCAACAGCAAUGGUAUCGGCAGUACAACUAUAGACUACUUGAAACUAAGCGAUGGACAACCGUUUGCAGUAAUUCCCAAUACAGACUCGUGUAGAUUGAGAUCAGCAUUUUUACGGCCAUCAGCCGAUCAAGACUACAACCCGAACCCCGACGGGUGCGGCAAUAGACGACAUAUAGCGCUAAACGUGUUGGAAGAUAAAAGUGAUGAAUAUAUAAUAGAUGGCGCCCUUUGGGUUAAACUUACUAUCUAUAUGUCUGAAUACGGAACGGCAUAUAAAACGGCUGAGCUAUCAAUGAAAUAUAAUCAACUGGUCUCCUAUUAUGAGUGGACUAUCAAUGAUUAUAUGUCAAUACAGAACCAGUCUUUGACAGAUCAGAAAAUUGCUGUACUCACGAGUGAACCAUUUUAUACCUAUAAAAACGGAUAUCUAAUACAAAUAUUUUUGACACUUUUACCCAAACGAAAUGCAUUUGCAUUAUCAUUGGCGUUAGCACAGGGAGAUUAUGAUAGGUAUCUCCAGUGGCCCUUUCCAUAUAAGUUUGAGCUAUCAAUUGUCGACCAGAGUCCCGGUUACUGGAAACGUGAUUACUCGGUGUCGAUGCACCCGUCGACCAGCGAGUGCGGUACCGAUCCGUUCUUUCAACCGGCCAGUUAUCCCGAGUUUUGUUUUCUAACCGUCCAAUCGAUGGAAUUAUUAACACUAACUCAUUAUAACUUUGUUGUAAAUAAUUCGUUGAAAAUCGGUUUCCUAACMAAAUUGAGYUCAUUUUCUGAACGCAAACAGACAUCAAUGGUCAUCAGGGAUGACAAACUGGUGGCCGAAUAUAAUUGGCUCAUACCUGCCAUUAGUGGUAAAUUAGAUAAGUAUGAUCUGAUUAAAGAUAAAUCCAAAACAUUGGCCAGUGAAGAGUUUUACACAAAUGGACAAGGUUAUUUGUGCCAAAUAUUAUUGACAAUUAAUCGUACGGCAAAUAAUGACUUUGCAAUUGGACUUGAGUUGGCCCUAAUUGAGGGUCAGUACGACUCGAUACUCGACUGGCCUUUUAAUAAAACAUUUGAGUUAUCAUUUGUACGACAAUCGCGUGAUAAUAGUUUUGUUGACAAUAUCACCAACAAUAACAACUUUACUGACAGUACAAUCAAACACCAGGAGUUUAAACAGGUGGUCAUUCCCGAGAAAAGUCAAUGCAGUCGACACUCAUUUCAAAAACCAAUUGAAAGGAACCCUCCGUGUGGUCACAUCAGUCAUAUCCCGUUUAGUCGCUUAUCGCGGGCUCAGGACUUGCUAUCGUCGGGUAAUCUUUUGGUUAGAGUUGUUAUCCAAUUAUAA